GUCGAGCCAGGUUGACAUGUGCCUUGUGCUCUGUCCACACGACUCCAACAGUCAGUAUUAAACAUUGUAAAGGACACCGUGUAUGUGUCACCUGCAUAAUGUAUGAUAAAAGUCUGUUAUUUGGGAUAAACUUCAUAUCUGGACUAACUUUUGGUCUGUAAACAAUCUUUACGGUGUUGUACGGUGGACUUGGAACCAUGCUGUCUUAGGUACAGUGAACCCAGGAACCAAGAAUAUGUUUAGGUUAUCAAAACAUUGCUUAAUUCACAGUACAUGUUUUAUGUGCAAGUCGUGAAAUAAGAGGAAUGCAAUGUAGACUUACAUUCUCCUUCAGAAACAUCUCCAUCUCUCCGACGCCGACAAACAACUACUAAAUUGAAUUUUCUUUUUAUAAGAGAUAACUACAACAGCUUGAUGUUUUCUCAAAUGGAGAUGGUUUCAUGCGUUAUAUUGACUGGAGGGUAUCAACCCCUAAUGAGGUGGAUACGGGGAUUUACUAACCUUCUCGUCAUGUGCUUGGUAACACCAGAUUUGGUGUUAGCGUACAACCCAACAGUCAAAGUGCAAAUGUGUACAGAGACACGGCUGACCUUAACCUUAGAGGGCGGGGCAAAUGGCGGCAUUAUAUACAUCCAAGGCCACGGGUCCGCCUGUAAACAGAACACGGUCACAAACACAACUGUGUUCGAAUUCAUGUUCGACGCGUGUGGAAUAGAUCCGUACGAAGCCUUUACAGUGGUCGUACAGAAGAAGCCUCAAUAUCAAACCGGAAAUGACAUAUCAUAUCCGGUUCAGUGCCUUUUCGAGUUCACCAUUGAUCUACGCGGAAGUGAUCUUACUUUCGUUGAUGGUGUGGACGAAGAGGGAGUUAAUAUAACGAUACGACCUACGGCCAAGAUGAUCCUCUACUCAAACGGUCAGGAGGUGACUGCUGGUCAAGUGGAUCUUGCAGAUAUACUCACCAUGUCGAUUCAACUGGGGUCAGAGUUUAUGGCUGAUUUCGACUUAAAGGCGAGAUAUUGUACUGCUAACACGAUUGAAAUGAUAAAGGACUUUUGUUCUACUGACACCGAGCUGUUCCCGAACUUUGCCCAUCCGGUGCAGGGGGUUAUAUCCUCUACAUUUGACGCUUUUAGAACGACCGACCUUAAUGGCGGGAUUGUCGACAUGACGUUCUCCUGCACGCUCCAGCUUUGUUUUGGAGCAUGCUCCCGGACGGAUUGUGCAAAUGGGGACGUCGUGUAUGGGAGAAGGAAGCGUCUAGCGGAGAAUGAUGGUCCUGCCGUCAAGUCCAAUAGACGGAACAAGCGUAUGACUGAUGAUGAUGUUGCUUACGAAAACGUAAACGUGGGAGCCUUAAUCAGCGUUGGGGACACGCUUGAUACUGACGAUCGAGGAGAUGACUUUCACCAGAUCUGUAUAAAUUUCACCAUUCUGGUAUGUUCGGGAAGUUUCUUGGUAUUUACCGCAAUUACCUGUCCAGUGUGCGUGACGUCAUCAUUCAAGAAAAACCGGAAAGGGCAAACUAAAAAAGAACAAUCUAAACCGGAAGUGGCGAUAAACGACAGUUUCGUUUGUACUCCAGUCUCAAAUUCUCGGUUUGGAACAACGACCAGGAGAUAUAGUGGACAGUUCGUGCCGGUUUAAUAUAUUGUAUUCGUUGAUUUUAUGUUAACACUCUGUAAACCUCCUGUAGCUACGUGUAUCAUAAGAUGCUCUUAAAUAUCCGAAUAUCGUACAUUAUUGUCCCUCUUGAGUGAGAAUAGAGUUACGUGUGCAAUCUAGGAUCCUUAUUUGGGUGCCUAAUUUGCAUGUUAUCUCGACAGCUGUCGAUUUAGAUCGGACAGGGAUUUUCAUCUUCAGUUUUUAUAUUGAUUUCAUUACACCAUCUUGUCUGGAGCCAUUGUUACGUGAACAUUCAUUAAAUAUAUACACACCUUGCACUUUGUAUAAUUUCAUCAGAAAAAAAUCGUUUUUACUUCGUUGGUGACCAAUUUUAAACUAUCAUAGUUUGUUAUAUGUUUUCAAUUAAUAAAACACAUGUACAUUAAG